CCUCUAAAAACCUUUCUCUCUCUCCACACCCCAUUAUACCACCUCCACCACCACCCUUUCUUUAUUUCUUUCCUUCCAUAUACAAUGGGAAGAAGAGAUACAUAAAAAAACAAAAGGUGGUGGUAGAUAGAUAGAUGCAUGAGAUUGAGCCACAACAAAACAUAAAUAGUUGACAUAAAUAAAAAAUCUCUCUUUUUCACAUAAACCACCACCUUACCUUCUCUUCCUAAAUUCUAAUCCUUUUUGCCUUUGGCACCAGAUUUUUCCUCACCAACCCUCUUUGAUUCUCCUUGGGUUCCACGCUCCUCUUCAGUGUAGGAGCUUGGUGAUAUAUGAGAAGGGCCGUCCAGAUAACUGUUGUGCAUUAAUUGGAAUAUCUGAAUCAAACUAUGGUGAGCUUACGAAGACGCAAGCUUCUGGGACUAUGCUCUGGGAAAAGUUCAUUCAUAGCUCCACUUCCUAGGUUUUUCAAUGGAAUUACUCCUGAAAUUUCUACUCAUAAUUCCAAUCAUGUCAGAGUGCAUCCAGUGGCUCCAGCUAAUGUAAACCAGCCAGUGGGGAAUAGAAUAGGACCUGGAUCUUCAAAUGGAUCUGGUUCAAGCUCAUCAAAAGAGCAGCCCAUUCAACCAGUUGCAGGGCCACCAAUUAAACGCAGAAAGCGACACAGGAGAAAGCAUUUUCAAAACCAAGAACCAUGUCUCAUGAGAGGUGUCUAUUUCAAAAAUAUGAAAUGGCAGGCAGCAAUAAAAGUUGAUAAGAAACAAAUUCACUUGGGAACUGUUGGUUCGCAAGAAGAGGCUGCCCGUUUGUAUGACAGAGCUGCUUUCAUGUGCGGAAGGGAACCUAACUUUGAGCUUUCUGAGGAGGAGAAGCAAGAACUUCGGAAAUUCAAUUGGGAAGACUUCUUGGCAAUAACUCGUCAUGCCAUUACUAGUAAAAAACACAAGAGAAGGCUUGGGGCAGGAUCACAGAGGAGGUCUGAGUCUCCGUUGCAGAACAGCGACUGGGAUGUCAAGCAAGAAGUCAAUGGCCAUUCGACUUCAGAAGAUAUGGAGCCAGACACAUCUGCCUCUUGAAAACCACAAUCAAGAACAUCACCGAAUUUUCUAGUUCUAACAGUAAAGUUCUAGCUGAUAGGCUCCAAUUUUUGUUUUAUAAAGGCCCACUCUAGGGUCAAUCAUGGUAGAUUUCAUUGUCUCAUGGUAAGCAAAUUCUUCUUGCUUUAAACCAAUAAAGAAUUCCAUAUUGGAUGCAUCAUAGUCAUUAAUCAGCAUCAUCUUCAGUUGGAUGAACCCGUGCGCAGAUUUAAUCCUUUUUCCUGAAGUUGAAGCUUAAACUACAUUCAAACUCAUUAUAAGCUGUUCAUGUAGGAAAAGCUUCUUGAGAAAUUUGGUAGAGUAGUUACUAUUGGCAGUAAUUUAUCUGCUAUUUACAUCAUUGUAUACUGAAUUCAUGCACUACCAAUAGCGGUAUGCAAUUAUUAACUAAUAUAAUUUAUAGAUCAAUGUGUGCUGAUGUGAACAUUCCAUCUGGCUGAUGAUCAGUAAUGGAAAGAAAGCUGCAACAUGGAAUUUCAUAAUUAGACUCUA